AUGAUUAUAUUAACCAACGUAAUGGCGAAGAUCUACAUACACGAUUUAUCAAAAAAUCCUUUAGCGAUUAUACCAUUAGGUGAAGCCAAGAUACGAAUAGGAUACGUAAGAGUAAUCCACCCGAUAAACUUGUUAGACCUUAGUAAAACGAUUGACGAAACUAUUGAACUAAUACCAACAGAGGUUCAAACCGAAUCUUUAGAAAAGUUGAUUCAGUUAAAAGCUAUGAAGUUACAAGAAACGUUUAAGAAAGUAAAACCGUUUAAGAAACAAAAGAGAUGGAAUACCAUAGGGAAAGUUUGGAAAUGGGUAGCAGGCACCCCUGAUGCCGACGAUCUUCAAAUUAUCAACAGUACGCUGAACUCUCUCAUCGAAGAAAAUAAUCACCAAGUAAUGAUUAACGAAGCAUUGAAUAGAAGACUACAAGAAGUAACCGAUAUUGGGCUAAUAAUAUUAUCUAAUUUGGAUAUUUUGCAAGACCAAAUCGAAACUAUCGAAGAAGCUAUUUUAUCAGCCAAACACGGAAUACCGAACAGCAAAAUAUUGUCCACCGAAGAUUUACAAAUGAUUAACGAAUUCUUGAAGAAGAACGGAAUCGCAUAUACUACAGCAGAAGAACUUCUCGCUCGAUCAGUAGCUCAGUUUAUGAUGAAUACGACACAUGUUCUGUACAUGCUAAAAUUCCCAAGAAUAUCAUCACAAAUCUACGAGUAUGAUUUCAUCGAACCAAUAGUAGCAAAUGGGAAACGGAUAAU